AUGCCUGCCCCCGAGGACGCCAGCACGUCGACCUCCCCCGCUCCACCCGUCACUUUCAAAUCUCUGGGUCUCAUUGAUCCCCUUCUUGAAGCUCUCGAGCAGGUUGGCUACAAAACACCAACCGAUAUCCAGGUCGAAUCCCUCCCGCAUGCUCUCGAAGGCCGAGAUAUCAUCGGUGUAGCCUCCACAGGUUCAGGGAAGACUGCUGCUUUUGCUUUGCCUAUUCUACAAAAAUUAUGGGAAGACCCUAAAGGUCUUUUCGCGUGCGUACUUGCUCCCACUCGUGAACUGGCCUAUCAAAUAUCGCAGCAGUUCGAGUCCCUCGGCUCAGCGAUGGGGGCUAGAUGCGCCGUUAUUGUCGGAGGGAUGGAUAUGCCAGCUCAGGCGAUUGCUCUGGCCAAGCGUCCGCAUAUUGUAGUUGCAACGCCUGGUCGUCUAAUGCAACAUCUAGAAGAAACGAAGGGAUUCAGCCUGAGAAGUAUCAAAUUCUUGGUUCUUGAUGAAGCCGACCGUCUGCUGGAUCUAGACUUUGGUGCAAGCAUUGACAAAAUAUUAAAAGUCAUUCCAAAAGAGCGCACGACAUACCUUUUCUCCGCAACUAUGACCACCAAAGUGGCCAAGCUGCAAAGAGCAAGUUUGUCAAAUCCCGUCCGAAUAGAGGUAUCAUCAAAAUAUCAAACAGUCUCAACCCUCCUUCAAUACUAUCUCUUGAUGCCUUUGAAAGACAAGGAUGCAUAUUUAAUUUAUCUGAUCAAUUCUCUUGCACAAAACUCGAUCAUUAUGUUUACCCGAACUGUCCACGACGCGCAGAGACUUUCUAUUAUCCUGCGCACUCUUGGUUUUCCUGCAGUUCCAUUACACGGACAGUUGAGUCAGAGCCAACGUUUAGGUGCCUUGGGAAAAUUCAAGAGUGGCGGGCGAAGAGUCCUUGUUGCAACAGAUGUGGCCAGUCGCGGUCUGGACAUUCCCUCCGUUGACAUUGUCAUCAAUUUUGACAUUCCAACACAUUCAAAGGACUAUAUUCACAGAGUGGGACGGACCGCUCGUGCUGGACGUGCGGGGAAAUCAAUAACGCUUGUCACUCAAUAUGAUGUCGAGCUUGUACAACGAAUAGAGCAAGUUGUCGGAAAGAAAAUGGAACUGUGGCCAACAGAUCCCGAAGAGAUCGCCCUACUCAAAGAAAGAGUGAGCGAGGCUGCUAGGCUCGCAGCGACGGAGCUUCGAGAGCAAGGGUCGAAAAGUAACAAUCGCAAAAGAGGUAGAGAUGACGGUGGGGGACGAGACGAUAAAGAUCGUGAUGACGACGUUGUCGAGGCUGGUAUGCCAAAGAAACACCACAAGAGGUCAAAAAAUAGAGGUUGA